CGCAUACAAACACGCGCUCCACCGCGCAGUCUCUAUCGGUCCCUACAGGGCGGCGCUCGUGUCUCUGCUUUCACAAUCAGCUGUUCAGACCAUGACAUAAACCCGAAUAAACUAUACAAUUUGCGCAAUUAUAGUUAAUAUAUAAUUAUAUAUUAUAGUAAUAGUUGAGUGGCGUCGCGUGUUCUGUGCUUUGGUCAAGUGCGUGCGGUCACGAUGCCGGCGGAAAUCAAAACAGUCGUGGUCCAUCGUAAAAUCACUCCGGAAUUAUCUCAGCACAUGCUAUCGGACAUCGAGAAGUUGCCAGGGGUGCAACUAGGAGACUUCCUCCUUCAGAUCGAACUGGACGAGCCCAGAGAGUCCGUCAGGGAGAUCGCCAGGAAGGAACUCCGGGAGACGCCAGAGGUGGUGAAGCCAGCUGUUGAAGAGUUGAGGCGAGUGCUCAAAGAGGACAAAGAUUUAUAUGUACCAUUGGACAGCGACGCGUGGUUAAUUCGUUUCCUGAGACCAUGCAAGUUCUAUCCUCACAGUGCCUAUGAGUUGAUAAAACGUUACUACGCCUUCAAGCUGAAGCACCACAAGCAGUACGACGGUCUGGUUCCGAGCAAGGAGACUAACAUCUUCAACCAGAACAUCCUCACAGUACUGCCCACCAGGGACCAGCACGGGCGCAGAGUCCUCGUUUUGGAGUUAGGAAAGAAAUGGAAACAUAACAAAUGCUCGCUGGACGAGGUGUUCAAGGGCUGCGUGCUGUUCCUGGAGGCCGCCAUGUUGGAGCCCGAGACGCAGAUCUGUGGGGCCGUGGUCGUGUUCGAUAUGGACGGCCUGUCUUUGCAACAAGUUUGGCAGUUUACCCCACCCUUCGCCAAGAGAAUCGUUGACUGGUUGCAGGAAAGCAUACCUCUCAGAGUCAAAGGGUUAUACAUAAUCAACCAGCCAUACAUCUUCAACAUGGUGUUCCAACUGUUCAAGCCGUUCUUGCAAGAGAAACUGAGGUCUCGGAUUAUAUUUAUCGGGAACGACCGGGAACUCCUUCACACAUACGUAUCGCCCAAGUGCCUGCCGGAGUGCUAUGGAGGCACUUUGAGUCUGCCCAGGGUAACUGGGGCACAGUGGCUGGAACUCUUGCUAAUGUGUGACCAGGAAUUUAGUGCAAUUAAUUCUUACGGAUACAAGAAGAAGUAACCCAUAUGGAUUCUGAUGUAAAUGCAUGUGUGAUAUUUGUUGCAACAUAUCGUGAUAAAAUUUUUAUAAUAAGAAUCAAAUAAUGGUCUGGAAUCCCUGAUCUUGGAUAAGAGAAAUUGAAUUUUUCACUGCAAUUUUUCGUCUCAAGAAUGUUUGUGUAAAACUCCUUGAGAAUUUAAUCGUAUGAAAGCUGUUCGAGAAAAUUAGAUAUAGUAUGUACUUUUAAAUUCUAUUUUUGCAUCAUGUUAACGUAUACCUAGUAUUCGUGUAUACGAUAAAAUCGUUUCAAUAUGCACAGAAUAUCUACAUAUCUAUUGGAAAAAGUCCCUUUACGUUAAAAUGACAGAAAUAUUUACAUUCCAAUUACAAGUAUUGCCAUAUUAUUACUUGUUUUAACGUUAGGUAUCAAUUGAACAUUAUUUUAAUCUUGUGAAUAGGUAAUCUAUUUGCGUUUAGUUUCAAUGUAUUAUGAUACAUUGAAACU